AUGCCUCCUCGAUCCAGCAAUCACAGGUCAACCUUGUCACUUUCAAAGACAGAAGUCACGAUUCAUGUCUAUGAUCUGCUGCCUCCAGGAAGGCUAUCUUCUGUCCUCUGGACGGUCGGUGCCUCGCUCCUCCACUCGGGGGUGGUCAUCAAUGGAAAAGAAUAUGCGUACGGCGGACACGAGAGACGCGGCGUGACGGGAGUAUAUUGGACGAAGCCCAAGACCGAGCCUCCCGGCGGCACCUUCAAGUCAGAGAUCCUUCACGGUUUCACGUUCGCUACGCAGACCGAAAUCGAUAUGAUUCUUGAAGAAGCUUCAAGAGAGUUUCUUGGAACGUCCUAUAAUCUCUUGACAAAAAACUGCAACCAUUUUACGUCGUAUCUGUGUAAGAAACUGACCGGUCGACCCGGUCCCGGUUGGCUAAACAGAGCGGCAAGCAUUGGCGUUGCCUUGCCCUGCGUCGUGCCCCGGGACUGGAUUGACCCACCCGAAUACGAUUCGGCCGAUGGUGCACUCUUAGAAGAAGACGACGACAAUGCUCACGAAGGCUCUAGGAUGCUGAAGCAGUCGCCGCCGAGGUUCCUCACGGAGAAUCAAAAGGGCCAGGGCGGGGACGUCGACUGGGAUAGCGAAGAAGAAAGGCAACGCGGCGGCAACGGGAAGGGCAAGAAGGCCGUCAGAGAUACUGGGGGUCGCAACUUGCCCGCUGCCGAGAGGGCACCAACCAAGAAGUAG